AUGAACAUUCUGAUUGGUGAGUAGGCUAUAGUAGUGAGGUAAUGCUUGUAUAAUGCUGCUUUCUCUUCUUUCUCAGACACAGCAGAGAGCUACAACUUUCAGGAUCAACCUUUGGACCAUCUAUCAGCAUUAAUUAACUGUUUUCGCACUUCCAUGCUACAUGGCCACCUUCGCCCGCAGCGCACCCCUGUCGGGGAGAAACACACUUGUUGAGGAUCCGGGGUCUGAGGAGAUCAUACACAGGAGCCGCAGCUUAAUAAAAAAGAUCCUGCUCUCCAUUCCCGACACGCACAAAUCCUGCAUUCACAUAGAGACCCUACAACUCAAUUCCUCGGAAAAUUCGAAGCUUGUGAUAAUGGCGUCCAACAUUGGCAUCCCCUCUGCUCCUGUACUCAGAGUUGUGUCCAAAAAUUUCAGUUUGGAGACCAGUUUGAGACAUAUGUCUGAGGGUCUUCAGCUGCACCGGGCCUUACUGAGCUCUGUCUCUCCUCGCCUGGAAAACAAAGACAAAGUGACUGGGCUACUGGCUGACAUCAGAGACCUUGUCAUUCAGAUCAAUAAGAUGCUGAAAAUAGUCCAAACAGAGUCUGUGGUGCAGCCCACACCAACGCCUGUGGCCUUACGUAUACCAGGGGAAUAUGAGGUUCAGGUGGCAGCACACCUGACUCUGGUGCAGCUCCAGUCCUUUGGGCAGGACGUGGUCCGCUGCCUCAGGAGUCUGGACCAGAGCAAUGAGGGGGAGACAGAGAGCUGACCAAUAGGUGCCAUACUGGGACUGCUUUUGGCUCCAAACGUACCCAAUCCUGACACUUUUUUAUUAUGGCAUGUAUUUAUUAUUAUUUAUAGUAUUAUUUGUAUCUAUUUAUAUGUAUAUAUUUAUUUAUGGAAUUGAAAUAUGGAAUAUUUAAUUUAUUUUUGAUAACAAAGCUUUUGUAUCCCUCAGUCCUCUUUUUGUUGACAGCUGAGGCAACUUCUGUUUUAAUGCAGGUCUGCUGACCUCUACUGAAAGUACUUUAUUAAGCCUACAUUACAUAGCACUAACUAAAAAUCUCAGACAGAUACAAACCUAUAUAAACACACAUUUCAAUAGUCCAAAAACUAUUCUUAAAAUGAUCUCCAUAACAGAGUUUAGAGACCGCUUAAAUAAAUGUGUGAAUGUAACUGAUUAUGUUUGUAUGAAUCUUAUUUUAAAAACUACUGCACAUUUUUGUGUUUUUUGAUUUUUUAAUAAAAAGAAACCCACUUUCCUGAAAAGGGAAUUGUUCCUUUUUGUCAAUGACCAUGCAUGUUUA